UCACAUCAGUGCAUUUUGUGCCGUCGCGGAAGUCGUUCGUUCGGUGGAUCGCGGUUUGCGCUCAUUAUUUUAUAAAUUACUUAUUUAGUUUGACCUAUUUCCUCCGAAUCGAAUUAAUUUUUGACUUGCUGUUAUGAUUAGAUAAUUUCGAACUUCAUAUCUCACUUUUAGCUUGCAUGUGGAACUGUGGAAGUGAUAUUGGAGAUAAAUUCAUUCGCCUUUCUUCCAAGUAAUUUAUGCUUGUGGAUUCGUAUUAAUAGGGUGUAAAAAAAUGGGUGUAAUGCGUACUGUGGCCUCUUUGGCCGUGAAUGGCGGGAAGCAGGGAAUCAAAACCAAUAGAUCCUUCCGGCCGCUGUUGUCAUGCGCCCCCGUAGCGAUGAUGGGUUUCGACCGCGGCGCCCACAGCCAGGACAUCACCAAGAAUAUCCAGUAUAUCAGCAACGACAAACUAAAGCUCACUGCCGACCCUAAGACCAUGAAACUGGACAAGAAUCCGAACAAACCCCUGUGCAUCAUGAUCAACUGGCUGCUGGCUCGGCAGAAGCACGUGAUGAAGUAUGCUACGCUGUACCUGGAGCAGGGCUUCGACGUUCUGUCCGUCUCUUGCACUCCAUGGCAGCUCAUGUGGCCGCUCAAGGGGACACAGUUGGUUGCAGCGGAUCUGAUCAAAUUCAUGUCUGAGAACGAGACUGAGCAGCCGCUCGUGGUGCACGGGUUCUCAGUUGCCGGCUACAUCUGGGGCGAGCUGUGUGUGCACGUCAUGAAGGAUGCUCAGCGGUACCAGCCGUGCCUGGACCGCGUGGUGGCUCAAGUCUGGGACUCGGCAGCAGACAUCUCCGAGAUCACCGUGGGGGUACCAGCUGCUGUCUUCCCCAAGAACAAGAUCAUGCAGAAAACUCUCAAGACUUAUAUGGAAUACCACAUGAAAACGUUCCAUGACGCGGCGACGAGCCACUACAUCAGGUCGUCUCAGCUGUUCCACACGAACCUGUGCCGGGCCCCCGCGUUGUUCCUGCUCUCUAAGACGGACCCCGUCGGCGCGGAGAAGAGCAACCGCAGCGUGCACGACAGCUGGGUCGAGAUGGGCAUCAAGUGCACCUGGAAGUGCUGGGACAAGUCUCCCCACGUGCAGCACUACAUCCACCACCCCAAGGAGUACCUGACCGCGCUGUACGCGCACCUCGACGCCAACGGGCUCGUCAGCCAGCCCGAGAAGAUGCGCAUGCGGUUAUAGGAUACAAAGGAACACGGGUGACCAGGGAAAUACUUAGAAUGAUCAAGAAUAUUCAAGAAUAAUUGACAAAUAAUCAUCUCCCAAGCGUCAUCCUGUUUCACAAGACCCGUUUACCCUAAAAUUAAGAACAUUUAAGGAUAAUUAAGAUAUCUACAUCUCUUAAGCGUUAUCUGGUUAUCACAGGGUCACCUUACCAAACAAGAUUCAUAAAGAAAAUUCUAGAAAAUUUUAGAAAAACUUAGAAUGGACGUUUAAAAUAAAAUGUCAAAUGAACUUUAUUCACACAAAACCAAUAUUAACCUAUGUGACGUUACAAUAAUUACAUGGCCUAAAGUUUUUUGUAACCAGGCCAACAAAAAAAAAAUACAUCCGGCUUUUAAUAGAUUAGAGUGAAAUAUCUCUCGUCUCUUUCGCGCUAGGCUAUGUACUAUAUAUCUGUCCUGCUCUCAAUCUACGAGGAGCAAACGGAUACGCAGUUUUAAAACGGUUUACAACAAAAGUCUAUGACCGUGAUUAAAAUGUAAGUUGUGAUUUUAAUUAAUAUAUAAAAGGUCGAGUUUGUCGACUAUUGUACGCUCAUUCUUUC